AUGCCACCAGGGAGGGCCAACCGAGCGAGGCAAAGAGCAGGGGAUUUCUCACGAAGCGCUUCGUCCUCCCCGCACACCCGUCGUCUCCAGCCAAAUCGAGCUAGGGUUUGGCUCGCACCAGCCAGCUCCCCGCCCCGGCAUCGUCAGAUCCGCCGGCGGGAGGCCCCUACGACGCCGCCCCAGGCCGGCCGCCCCUUCUCCUUCACUCCUCCUGGACCGGCCGCCCCUCCUCGACUCCUCCCCGCCCGCCCCGACGUCCAUCCUCGCCCUACAGCAGAUGCCCCCGGCCUCCGCCCGCCUGCCUGGCCCUCCCUUCCCUCCGCCCGACAGCAGGACGCGCCCGGCCUCCGCCCGGCCAGGAUAGCUGGCCAAGUUAAUUUGCUUACUAAGUUUAAUGAGCGCUCCGGGAGAAAUUAUCCGCACCAACAAUUAAGAAACCGGUGGGAUGCAUGUAGAAGUGAUUAUGCCAUAUGGAAGACAUUGCUUCAAAAAGCUUCACGCAUCGGAAGAGAUCCUUAUACAAAGACCAUUGCUGCUACGGAUGAGUGGUGUGCAUUGGAGUUGAAGGCACGUCCGCAGGCUACCAAGUAUCGGCAUGCUCCACUUGCAGAGGAGGACAAAAUGGAGGAGGUGUUUGAUGCUUGUUGUGUCACAAACGAGCAUGCGAGAGUGCCAAUUCCCACAUAUCAAGGUUCUACAUCUCGAAUCAAUUUGGAUGAUGAGUCUGGUUGUGAAGGUGACAAAACUGAAGUUACACCUCGUGCGAAUCGUGCAAAGGGUGGGAAGAAGAGGGCAUUUCCUUAUUCCCCAAGUCCUAAGGCAAAUGAAAAGUGGGCAAGUGAGCAGGCAAAGAAUGAGGCAUUUGUUCGUAUGGUGGACCUCUUUGAUUCAAGGAACAAGAGAGAUGAGACUCAAGUUUCAGCAAGAGAAGAGAUUCAUGAAAUGAUGGCCAUGGUAGAAGCAGAUGGUGGUGCACCUGGGAGUGAUGUUCAUUUCUAUGCUUCACAACUAUUCAAGGAUUAG